UCCUCUUGUCCUCUACCGUAACAGCUGUUUGUUUUAAUCUAUAGGCCUACUUUACACCUUUCCUGUCGGUUUCUCCUGUCACUCGGGGAUCAGCAGGGCACAGUGUGCAGUCUUUACGCAGGAUUGAUGUGCGAGGAGACGCCGACAUGCGCAUCCCGGACUCCCCUCAGUGAUGGUCGGGAGCUCUGUUCAUAGGCCCUGCUAUCUCUGUCUUAUCACUGGAAAAGCGUUAGUGUUUCAUGUUUAAAUGGUCCGGUGAAAUGUGAAUUUGGACCACGGAGGGAUUCUCAGCGAUAAGGCCAAGACUUUUGAAAGAUGAAGAUUUGGAGCACGGAACAUGUUUUCAGUUACCCCUGGGAGACGGUGAUCAAGGCUGCCAUGAGGAAGUACCCAAACCCCAUGAACCCUAACGUGGUGGGGGUGGAUGUCCUGGACCGCAGUCUGGACGCAGAGGGACGCCUGCACAGCCACAGACUGCUCAGCACAGAGUGGGGCCUGCCGGGAAUCGUGCGAGCGAUACUGGGAACCAACCACACGCAGACGUACGUGCAGGAACACUCCAUAGUGGACCCAGAGAAGAAGAAGAUGGAGCUGUGCUCAACAAAUAUUACUCUCACCAACCUGAUUUCAGUGGAUGAGAGGCUUCUUUACAGUCCACACCCAGACAACCCUGACGUUACCAUCCUGACCCAGGAGGCCAUCAUCACAGUCAAGGGGCUAAGUCUAGGCAGUUACCUAGAGGGGAUGAUGGCAAUGAGAAUGUCAGCUAAUGCCAUAAAGGACAGCAGUUCUGCAGUGCCGAGUACUUUCCCCGCUACACCUCAUAGAGCAGGGGAUUCUCAGUGCGUCAGGACCCUCUGGAGUUGGUACACAUGCAGUGGGAGCUCAGACAGACGGUGUAAUGCUGCCAAAGAGGAAUGGUUUUUAGAGCUGGAAUCAAGGGUCAAAUUCUGGCAGGCGUGGCUCAAUGAAAACUCAAAACCAUCAACUGCUAUUCAGAUCAAGGCGAGGAGAACAGGACCAUUUUCUUUACUGCUGAAAAAACGGAAGGUUUAAAAUUCAAGGGCCUCUCAGACAUUUAUUGGUUAGAAUAUAAUAUUCUGACCACAUUCUUUUAGCUCUUACGUCAUAUCUUCAUCAUAUUUUAGAAGAGAUACACUUGUUUUAGAAAAAAAGUAAUGGUGCACUGACAAUAUGCAACAAUUUUAUUUGAAUCGAUGUUCUUCUGUAUGUCCAACACUGGCGACAACUGCUGGAAUUCAAAUCUGACAGCUUUGUAUGUGUUUCAAGAGGCAAACACUGUAGAUGAUAUGUUUGCAUGAUAGUUGUAUUAAAAGAGGAGACCGUGUA